AUGCAUAGAACAGAUUUUGGUCACUCUGGUGCCCACAUGUUUGAGUGUAUUUGUAGACAGUACUGAGGUCACGUUUGGCCGGUCUGCAGAUGGGGGCGGGCUCAUUCUGACAGACUACCUUUGCUCAUAUUUGUGAUGCUUUCGCCCUCCCCUUCUGGCAGUCACAUGGCCAGGCUCUGCUCUCCCGUGACACUUUUGAACAAAUAACAGGGUGAACGAGGCGUGCCAUGGCUCUGGUGUUGUCAUUGGGCAGCAGCAGCACGUCUCCUCCAGCAUCCAGCUCUCCGUCAGCCGCUUCCACCGGCCCGCAGCGGUCACCGCCACUGUCCGCGGCGCAUCUGGCCCGGGACAGCCUCCUCCACGCACGGCGGGGAGACACGCACCCACAGCCGGCCUCAGAGGACCUGCAGAGAGGGGAGUUUUAAAGCAGGAAGUGGGGGUGGCAGACAGACAGAGCAGGGAGACUCGGCGAGUCGCUGACCUAACAGGGAGAUUCAGGGAUGAAAACCGUCUCCUUGAGGAGGAACUGCGAAGGUGAACGCUGGGAGUGAGAAAACAGGCGAGGCCAACCUGAGCACAGCUAGCUCAGCUGAGACCUUUGGUUUACGUGAAGAAACAGACAAGCAGACUAAUCUGAAGCUCUUCCCACCGACCAUGUCCAACGAACGCACCCCUCUGAUCACCUCGGGGGUGUGUGGUCUGGCUGUGACCGCGGUGACAUGCGGCGCAGCUUCAGACUCCACCCCCGAGUCGAACUCCGAGAUGCCGAGUCGAGGCCCCCGAAAGCUGAACACGUUUUUCGGGGUGAUGGUUCCGACCGUCCUGUCCAUGUUCAGCAUUGUGUUGUUUCUGAGAACAGGGUUUGUGGUUGGUCACGCUGGGCUGCUGCAGGGUCUCCUAAUGGUGGUUGUAGCUUACACCAUCAUAUCUCUGACAAUACUGUCCAUCUGCGCCAUUUCAACCAACGGUGCCAUACAGGGAGGUGGAGCCUACUACAUGAUCAGCCGGUCGUUGGGGCCUGAGUUUGGAGGAAGCAUUGGUUUGAUGUUCUUCCUGGCCAAAGUGUUUGCAUGUGGAGAGUAUGUUCUGGGUCUAGUGGAGGCCAUUCUCAAUGUAUUUGGUGCAGAUCCUGACUCGUCUGUGUCUGAGGGAGUGCGGGUUCUUCCUCAGGGUUACUGGUACACGGUGCUGUACUCCUCAGUAGUCCUUCUGCUGUGUCUGCUCGUCUGUCUGGUCGGCGCCCACAUCUACUCCCGCACAGCCUUCGUCAUCCUGCUGGUGGUCACCGUAUCGCUGCUGUCCAUCUUCAUCAGCUCUGUGGCGGUCAAACCUCUCGACUUCGUCAUCACCCACAAGGGAUCUGGCAACCAGACCCUCCGCUACAACGCCAGCUACACAGGUUUCAAUACCACCACGCUGAGGAACAACCUGUACUCUAACUACUCUUUGGACUACAGCACCAACUCUGUCAUGUCUUUCUCCACCGUGUUUGCUGUCAUGUUCACCAGCUGCACUGGGAUCAUGGCCGGAGCCAACAUGUCAGGAGAUCUGAAGACUCCGAGUGUCUCCAUCCCUAAAGGCACCAUCGUAGCCGUCUGUUACACCUUUACAGUCUACGUCCUCCUCUUCAUCUUGGCCAGCGCCACCUGUGACAGGACCUUGUUGAUUCAGGAUUACGGAUUCUUCCAGCGAAUCAACCUUUGGCCACCGUUCGUCACCGUCGGGAUAUACUGCGCCUCUCUGUCAGCUGCCAUGUGCGCUAUGAUCGGAGCUUCCCGCAUCCUCCAUGCUCUUGCUGUGGAUCAACUCUUUGGUUUGCCAUUAGCCCCAGCUGCCGUCAAAUCAAGCUCCGGGAAUCCGUGGGUGGCCGUGCUGUACACCUGGGGCCUGGCACAAUGUGUGGUGUUUGCAGGGCAGCUCAAUGCUGUAGCUAGUCUGGUGACUGUGUUCUACCUGCUGGCCUACGCUGCUGUUGACUUGGCCUGUUUGGCUCUUGAGUGGGCGUCAGCACCAAAUUUCAGGCCGACCUUCCAGCUCUUCUCCUGGCACACCUGCCUGCUGGGGAUCCUGAGCUGCCUGGUCAUGAUGUUCGUCAUUAACCCCGUGUACUCCUCAGGCAGCAUCGUCCUCCUGCUACUGCUGCUGCUCUUUCUCCACUACAGAUCGCCCACCAGCAGCUGGGGCUACAUCAGCCAGGCUCUCAUUUUCCACCAGGUCCGCAAGUAUCUGCUGAUGCUGGACGUGAGGAAAGACCACGUGAAGUUCUGGAGGCCGCAGGUGCUGCUGAUGGUGGCCAACCCUCGCUCCUCCUGUCAGCUCAUCCUGUUCGUCAACCAGCUGAAGAAGGGAGGACUGUAUGUGUUGGGUCACGUGCAGCUGGGAGAUCUGGACUCUCUGCCAUCAGACCCAGUCCAGCAGCAGUACAACUUCUGGCUGAGCCUAGUUGAUAAACUGGGGGUGAAGGCCUUUGUAGACCUGACGCUCUCUCCCUCAGUCAGACAGGGAACUCAGCAUCUGCUGCGUAUCACAGGUCUUGGUGGCAUGAAACCCAACACAUUAGUUUUGGGCUUCUAUGACAGCUGCACUCCAGAGGACUUCUUCCUACAAGACACUGCCUUUUGUGGCUCCUCAGUGGGACGCGGCAGCGAGGGCGACUAUAACUUUGGGGUUGACCUGCCUUCAUUGCAGGCCCAUUUCCCCCCUGUUCGUCAUGUUGAGAGCCCACGUUGGCUCACUCCAGAGGAGUACGUUGGAAUCAUUUCUGAUGCCAUUAAAAUGAACAAGAACGUGUGCCUUGGCAGAUAUUUUUUUCAGCUAGAAGGCGAAGACAAAGACAGUAAGGUGGACGGCUCAGAGCGAACUAUAGACGUGUGGCCUCUGAACCUGCUGCAGCCAGGAAGCCGUGACUACGAGGACGUGUGCAGCCUCUUCCUGCUACAGAUGGCCUGUGUGCUCAACAUGUCCAGUAAAUGGCGACAUGCGAAAAUGAGAAUCUUCCUGAAUGUGGAGACGCAGUCCAACGACCAGGGCUGGGUGGUAAACGAGGAGACGUUUCGAGAGCUGCUGAAGCAGCUGAGGAUCAGGGCGUCCAUAAAGAUUGUGCCGUGGGACUCUGUGGUGCAGCACCACUCUCAGCCAGGUGGAGAUGACUCAGCAGGGACAACACAGGCUCUGUCUGAGGACUUUUUGACUGCAGUGAACUGCAUGUUGAUGGAGCACAGCUCACAAGCUGCUGUCCGCUUCCUGUAUUUACCUCGUCCUCCUGCUCAUCACAGCCAGUCUCAAUGGUACUUGGCUCAGCUGGAAGCAGUGACCAGCGGUUUAGGCCCAACGCUGCUGAUUCAUGGUGUCACCCCAGUCACAUACACUGACCUCUGAGCAUGAGUAGUCAUAAGUUUACUUAAAUCUAAGUAGAAACAAGUGAACAUGUAGUUAUAUAAAGAGUGAAUGCUAAGGAACAGUAUUUACUACUGCAGUCUUUUUGUUAUUUUAUUGAAGCUUAGAAAAGGACCACAGUUGAGUGCCACUUGAAGCGUUUGCAUUUGAAUAGGAUAUCCUCCUAUUUAUAUAUACUUGAACUGACAUUGGGAUUGAGUCAGAGCAAAUACCAAUGUUUGUGGUCAUGAUUUAUGUUGAUGUAACCUCCUGUUUGCUUUAGCUUUAGCUCUGCCUUUCACAGAAAUACACACAGAUAAAAAAAAUGUGUCAAAAACUCUUCAGAACUAAACCACAGUUUAUUUUGAACACUAUAGGUCAUCAAGGACAUCGACUAUAAACAUGUCUUUAUAAAAUUUGAGGCUUGACUAAUGUGGAAUUUGUGAUUUUCUUGAUUAAAAAUAAUCCACAGUGGUUUUUACUGGUUCAGGUUCUAAGGGGAAUUGUGCUGAUGCAGAAUAAUUUGUAAUUUUGCUGUUUGCUUUUUCUUUCAUUCUCACAUUUGAGCUGGUUGCUGGACCAAGUGAUCCAAAGACUUUUUGUUCCUGACCUGAACUGAAUUUGGAUUUUUCUUUCCAGUGCACUUAUCCAAAUGUGUUUUCUUUUUGCUGUUAAGUGUCUUUACAAAGGGAAGUAUUUUGUACGUUUGACCUCAAAAUGAAGACCAGCAUUUGUUACUUUUUGUGUUAAAUACUUUGGAUUUUUGUGCUUCACGGUGCAGAAUGCUAAAAUAUACCUAAAAGGGUUGUAUUGAUGACUACUUUGGAUGUACUGAAAAUAAUAAUGACCACUAUCGUCCAGUCUCAGUCAGAAGCAUGUUUCAGACCAGGCCAAGACUGACACCUGAGCAAGUUUUGUCACAUUUGUACACAGUAAUCCACCAUAGUUGCAAGCUAUGUAUUGGAAUUGUACUCCUGUUAUGUUUUGUUUGCUGUUUCCAAAAAAGCACCUUGCACAACUUGUCUUUGUUAAUGCUCAAAAGAGGACACUUGAAAGCAAUGCUUCACAAUUUUUUCUGUCUGAUGUAACCCCACAGUCCUUUCCAAUGACUUAAUAACUAAUCAGUACCUCUCAUAUCCAAUGUGUUCAUAAACUUGUUACAAAUUGGAUCCAACUAUAUAAAUGUGGAUGUUGAAUAUUUUUCAUGCAGUUGAGCAUUUAGUGUUUAGGUCAGCUUGGAUGGAAGUAUCUAGUCAAUAAUUUAAGCUAUAUAUUUUCAACAUCUGUUCAUUAUUUUCAGCUUUCCGUAGUUUUAACUGUUUACCCACACUGUUAGCUAACAAUUUCAAUAGCGUGUCAUAUUAUCAGCUAAUAUUUCUGUUUAUUCCCAUUUUAGUCUGCUGUUUCAACUAUUUGUCCAUUAUGUUUACCCAAUAGUUUCACUUAUUUAUCCUUACUGUCAGCUAAAAAAUGAUUUGCUUAUCCGUACUUUUAGCUUUUAAAAAAAAUCCAACUGUUUAGUCAUACGUUUAGCUAGCUGUUCUGACAGUUGCAACUGUCAAUGCAUACUGUUUACACACAAUUUCUUAUUGUUUUUCCAGAACUUUAGCCAUUUUAGCUGUUUAUCCACUUUAAGCUAACUGUUUCAACUCUCAAUUCACUCAAUAAGCUACCAGUUCCAUUUGUUGCCAUAGUAUUGGCUAAGAAUGUCUUAGUUUUGCUUGCUAGUUCAACUUUUUGACCAUUAUAACAAUUCAGUUAGUGAAAUAAAAUUGGUAUAAACUUCCAACUUUUAUCUAUACGCUUAGCAGACAGUUUAUCUGUUUAUCCACACUACUAGCUACCAAUUUCCACUGUUAGCCAUAACUUCAGGCAGCUGUUUCAACCACUUUACCCUUCAUUUUAAUACGUUCUACAUUAUGUUUGGUUGUCUAUCUCUGCUGUUUAUCCGUUGCUUUUGGCUCACUGUUAACUUUUCUACUUUAACCUGUUCAUGUCCAGUGAUUUGUUUUAUUUUUAAUUGUAAAUUAUUGAACAGGCCGGGGGGGUCUGGCACCGUGUACUUCUUAGAGCACCUCCUCUUUUUGCAUUCUUCAUAUGGGAUUGAAAUAAAGUAACGUUGGAUUAGCACGUCGAUCAAAGGCCUGUAGGUGUAAUGAGGAUGUGAGUCUUCUCCUUAACCUUGUGGUCGGACUUCGGGAUGAUCUCUGUGUCCAGGGUGUUAGUAACACCAUGAGACUUCUCAAACGUAACUGUUUGGCGUCCAUGUCAUCAUGGUGUCCAUGUCCAGAUGACAUCGUACUGCUUAAAGCCAUCUUCACCAACUUCAAUCUGAUCUUGGGGCUUGAAGAAGUCAUCCUUAUGGACCACACAGCAGUUGGGCAGGUUCUUUAUCAGGCAGUUGGUGAGGGGGGUUUUCCCUCCAUUGGUUACACCGCCGAUGAUGUACUUCAUGUUCUCGGUUUGGUCAAACCUCGGAAAAAGGGUAAAAAAUGUCAACAAAACAGGUCGGGAGCAAUCGGACACGGAAGAAGGCUGAAAAAGAGAAGGUUGCAGCAGGAAAGGUAAACUAUUCGAGUAAGUUGUCCAAAAUGUCGCGAAAACGUCAUAGUUUAGUAUGUCGUCCAAAAUGUCACAAAAACAUCAAGUAUGUCGUCUAAAAUACGACCAAAACGUCAUAGUUUAGUCUGUCAUCAGAACUGUGUCAGAGACACAGGUUCAAUUCCACCUCAUGAUCCUUUACUGCAUGGGUUUCCUGUUUUCCUCUCUCCCUGUUGAUUAAUUAAGAAUGGAAUAAAAUUGUUCAUAAAAUAU